ACUAUUCUUCCUGAGGAUCAAAAGGCUAAGCUAAUCUGUCAGGCAUAUGAUGGAGCCAGCGUGAUGCGAGGUGCCACUGCAGGUGUUCAGAAGAAGAUACAAGAUGUGUACCCAAAUGCCCACUACAUCCACUGCUAUGCUCAUCAGCUCAAUCUAAUAAUGCAACAGGCUACUUCUCACAUAACCAAAGUUAGAAUUUUUUUUUCUAACCUUAGUGGAUUUUCCAGCUUUUUUUCCAGAUCAUCCAAGCGCACAAGCGUUCUUGAUAAAGUUGUGGCCCACAGACUACCAGCAUCCAGCAAUGUCAGAUGGAACUUUCACAGCCGUGCCAUCAAUACUGUGUUUGAGCACAGAGAGGACCUCAUCCGCUGUUUCGAAAGCAUACAAGACUCUGGUGACUUUGACCCCAUUACCAUCAGAGAGGCUGGAGCAUUUGCCAUGCUACUGGAGGAUCAGGAUUUUAAGUUCUUUCUGCAACUUUUCCACCAUAUCAUGCCUCAUGUGGACCUUCUCUAUGCCAAACUCCAGAAGAAGGUCAUAGAUUCAGUCUGUAUCCAGGAGAGCAUCCAACAGUUCCAGCAGGACAUUCAAAAGAUCAGAAAUUCUCUCCACUCCAUGGUUGGACAAAGCAGUGUAGGUAGUAGUCAGCCAGUGAAGAAGCGUCGGACACUCAGUGUAGAAGACCAUGAAAGGAUUGCUGCAGAGGUCUGUGAUAUCAUACUGGGACACACCAGGGAGCGCUUUUCUUUCACAAACCACCUUGUUAGUGCCACACUCCUGCAGGGGGACAGAUUUGAACAAUACAACACAGCAUUUCCUGAAGAUGCACUGAGCAACACCUUAAAAGCCUAUCCGGUGCUCAAUCGAGGUAAGCUGAAGACAGAGCUUACUCUCAUCUACAGCAAGGAAGAGUUCAAAGCCUGUUGUGGUGCUGUGGGCCUACUCCAGCUGUUUAUGGAAAACAAUCUAGAAGAAGUCUUUUCAGAAACUGUCACGCUCUUGAAGAUCCUCAUCACCACACCCAUGACCACAGCAGAAGCUGAAAGGUGCUUUUCAACUCUGAAAAGAAUCAAGACUUUUCUGAGAAACUCAAUGACUCAGGACAGGCUGAAUGCAUUGGCCAUGUUGUCAAUGGAGAAAAGACUAGUCACAGAGAUGACUGACUUUAACAAGAAUGUAAUUGAGAAAUUUGCAGGGCAGAAGGAAAGGAGGGCAAAAUUCAUGUUCAAAUAGUGCUAUUUUUUAAGAUUUGUUUUGUUUGUUUUUCAUUUGUUUGUUUGUGUGCGCCCCCCUCAGUUUUUUUAGCACCAGCCGCCACUGAAUCCUGGCUCU